UCUGAGGUUGACAGCUCAACAACAGAACGGGGAUCGUCCGAGGCUCACGGCGGAGACACGUCUGUGGACAGCAGCAGCCACGGUGACGGGAUGCAGGGGCUGACUUCACAGCAGGAGGUAGAUGAGGAGAGCUGCUCGCCUUCUGUUGAAUCCAACAACCAUCACAGCUGUGAGGACAGAGAGCAGGAGGAAGAUCUCCCAAAUCCCAAAGAGGAACAGACACAUGACGCAGAUAAGGACCACCCCAGGCCAGAGGGAGGAGUCAUGUGGAGAGUGGGCGGCGGCCUGUUCAGCAUGACUCGAAACGUUGUUGGUGCGACCCUGGGGGGUGUUGCAUGGGUAGGAACCAAAAGUUUUGAGAUCACCAAGACAGCUGUGACCAGUGUGCCGGCAGCCAGUGUAGGACUGGUUAAAGGAAGUGUCUCCAUGGUUACAGGAGGUGUUGGAGCAGUGGGAUCUGCGGUUGCAAGUAAAGUCACACCGAGGAAGAAGGACAAAGCUGACUGAUGUGUGAUGGGUUUUGUGUGUGUGUGUUUGUUUGUGUGUGUGUGUGUUUGUUUGUGUGUGUGUGUGGGUGUGUGUAUGUGUGUGUGUGUGUGCAAACAAAAUACCUCGGAAGCUUUGAAUGGAUCUUCAUGUCAUAAUUCAGUUCUCAUUUCAUUUAUUUAUUCAAAGGACAAUACUCAUUAAUCCACAAUAGUGUAAAUAUACAAGUAUUUGCCAGUUGACACAUUUUCAAAUGUGGUUUUAACUGCAAUGUUUGGAUAACCUGUACCUUCUUUGGCCAGAUGUUGCCACGAGUGCUACUUGGGUGAUAAAUCCGAAUGACAAAGACAAAAACAUCAAAAACAAAGUAGCACAAAGUGUAUAACAUCACAAAACAUUAAUACAAUGAUACAACUUCAACAAAUACCAAAACAAACAACAAGCACCCCUGACAACAGGCAGAAGACACGCUAGCCAUAGGUAGGAUGACAAUAACAGUUACAAAUAAUCAAGUUACAUAGUUAAGCUGUGCAUUCAUACGUGAAACAAGUGUUCGACACUGGAGGGUAGGGAAAGGUUCAUGUAAAUGUCCCGAAAUGCAUGACAUCGACACAUGUAACAUUUACACACGUACUUGAGUUCAAAGGUAAACAUUUUGUUAAAACUUCAUAUAGUUCUAUGGAGAAUAAAGAGUACAGCUCAGUUCUACUUGGCUUUUACUUGCUGUUGCAUGGUCAGAACACAUAUACACUGUGCUCAACCUAGAGCACAAACAUUUUGACAAAACAGGUGGAAGAGUGUUAGCUUCAUUCAUUAAUCAGACCUAAUGACCCUGUUCAGGACUGGUGUUAAAAUCCCACCCCUCCCCUAACCCUCUGACAAUCCAAGUGGACAUAUCUGAGUACGUGUCAAAACGCCCAACACUCACUGAGGACGCAUUUUAAAUUGAUCACUCAGACCUCAUUGGAAGGUGGCCACAUUGUUUUAGCAGUAUGUACUUGAAAGACAGCCUCCUCAGCUGGCAUCAUUUGACCCAGUUGAGUUUUACAAUGCCCCACUUCUCAUUGUUGAAAUGAUUUUCUAUCUCAAAUGAGUGAAAGCUCAUUUCAUUGCACACUGGUUUGCCCCGCACCUCCUUGCUCGUCGCUUUUCUCCUUCUCUCACAAAUAUAAACACACUGACAACAGAUCUUCUUUUCAUCGUCAGACAGGCUGAUUGAAACAUAAUUUGGUCUUCGUGAAUUAAGUGUUAAGUGUUUAUUUAAAUAUAGAGCGGUGAAGGGAGAUCUGAUCGCAGGAGACACAUUCUAAUGUCAGAUGUGAACUGAUUAAUAUAGAGCCGUCCACUUGUGAUUGAAACCACCAGAGACAGAUAUAAUUAUAUCAGGUGAGAAUUAGACACAGGUAUAACCUCAUCAUAACUACACUUUAAUGAUUUAAUAAAAUCAACUUGAGUCUAAAUCCUAACAAAUGUACAAAAUCCUUCAAUGCUUCACUUAUAUUUUCAAUUUGUAUCUGUGUCUGCACUAGUAGUUAUUUAUAUAUUUAUUUUUUAAAAAGCUCUUUGUUGAAUCUGAUGAAUUCUGUUUAUGUUCCCUUUAGAAAUGUAUUUUGACUUGCCAGCAUCCAGUUAGCAUAUGUCUUUUUACAAUACAUUGUUCAUCAGUGACAGUUUGAUGGGUGAAUAAUAUUGGAGCAACUAGAGUGACACUCAGUAGAGUCUAUACCGCAGUCUCACAAUGUUACAGAAAGUGAAGACAAAAAUCUGCCUCUUAGUCUGUGUUUGUGCCAAAAUGUAUUAGAUAUUUUCUUGGCCGAAGUCCCUACUUCUACCAAGUUUCAUGGAAGUCGUAGUUUUGGUUUUAUCCUGCUAACAACAGACAAACACACAAAAAAAACUACAGCCAAUCUCACAAAAAACAAACAGACAGGGGCGAAACAUAAACAACUUGGCCGAGGUAAUAACAUCAUCAUGUGUUCUCAUGUAGAAGAGAACAGGAACAUGGCAGAUUGGUUCCACAAGGGAAAAUGAGACUUAUUUAGAGGAGCCUGUAGUUUUUUGUUAGUUUAUGAAAACAGUCCUUUACUGGAAAGUAUGCUUGCAAUGACUGAGUCCUUUGCGGUAGAAUUGAAUACUGUCCACAUUAUGAGAUAAGCUAAUGUGCCAACACAGUGGUGUCAUUGAAAUGAUUGAGGCUCUGUGUUUUGAUGCAGUGCUUAUGUUAGUGUGAACACAGCCUUCAGCCAUAUUAUAGGACCAGAAACAAACAAGUAGUAUUUAGCACCUCCAUGUGGCCAUCCUUUAAAGCUCAUUCUCAUAGUUCCUACACAGGUUAUCUGCAACACCAGAGCUUUGAAUCUGGACCAAUUAAAGACCUGGGAUUGUGAUUCAGAGUUGUGGAGCCAGACUUGGGCAUUACAGCAUGGUAGGGAUUUAACAUUAGGGUUUGUGGGGAUGGACAUUCAAGAGUAUUUCUACCAAUGUUAGGUGGCUUAAUUGUGCAGAACGUAAUCAUUAAUGAGCUCAAACCAUCAGUUGUCAUUUUAAUUCCUCAUAGUAUUACUACAGUACAUUUUAAGAAUCAGAUUAUAAGCAAAUGUGUCUCUAAUUCAAUUUCAUCUUAGACAUCAGUAACUUGUACAACCCUGUAUCCUGAUGAUUACUAAACUAAGACAAGCACCCCCCUCUCCUUGUUCAUGUGUAGAUCAGCAGUACAGUUAAAACUGUAUGGGUCAACACGACAUGAAUGCAAACAGAGGUUUUAUGCAAAAUUAGCUGCAGUAUAUCCAACUGACAUGUAUGUGAAUGUCAUGGAUCAUUUGCUUUGAAAAGACUGUCUGUAAAGCCCAGAAGGUGAUUUGAGAUGUUUGUAAUUGCUAGCAUUAACAUCAACAUCUGUCUUCUGCAGCAAGGUCCACAACGCCCAAAAGGCCCAUCUUGCCACUCCCUGAAACGAGUCAUUGUAGCAUCCAGUGUGCUUUGAAGAAGUAGCUCUACUCAGAGGGCAUACCAUGACAUCUUAUCACAGUUCUGGCUUUGAAGAUAAGUAAAAUAGAGUGACGAAUAAUGUUAUAUGCUGGAAACUGUUGAGUUGUGUCGUUACAUCAACAAACUGAAAACAGAUUAGAGCAACACUAUCUAAUAUGGUUUGAAAGUGUCCAACAGCAGACACUUAGUUAUGACAAAAUACCAUCAAGUAAAGUGAGACUCUAUCAGAAGUAAUUCAUAGACCAACAAAAUGAAUUCAUUCAAUGUUUAUGUCUGGAUCCACUCCAAACUGUAGUGUUCUUCCUUGGUUCAUGCCCCACCCCUCCACAAAUAAAUGCUGAAGAAAAUAUGAACUACCUGGUAAAAACAUAUAAAGCAUAAUAUAGGCUAAAUAUAAAAGCAUACACUUACAUUAUUUAAUACAAAAUAAAAAACUCCCUUUCAGAGUAGCUUACUGUUUGGCCACUUGUUUUCACCGUUUGCAGUGUAACAUGCAGACAGCAGUUUCCCACUUGGUGCAAUAUCAGCGACCAAUACAGACAAACCAGAAAAUGAAGGAAUUCUGUGUCACUUUCCAUUGCAGAACAUUACAUGUACCUUAUUUUCAUCAGCCAUUGCCUGUUGAAGAUCAUUUUCUUACUUAAACUAUAUGUUUUGGUUGAAAGUGCUUUUAUGUUCAUAUUUAGUAUUGACGUCAUUUAUUUCCUCAAUGUGGUGUUUGUUUUUACAGCCUAUUUCUUUACCUGUGUUUUUGCUGACUGGAGCCAAUUUCACAACAUUCUGUUUCUUUAUUCUUACAGAGAGAUCACAAAUGUUUCAAUCACAUUUGAUACAACCUUUGCAGUUUAAGUGAAAUGAAAUGUAUCUACAGAAAGUGAACACUGAAAUAUCAGCUUGGAAAUGUAAUGAAACUGGCUUCAAGUGAGUUGUGCGAUAGAGUAUGCUAUACUGAAUCUGAAAAAAGCAUGCUACUGCUGAAAAUGUUUGGUUUUACUGUGUUCAUUCACAGGCUAACCAGUUUGUCGCUUUCCACAUUACAGUUGUAAUGUGGAAAUGUCAAAACUGAUUAUUUGACUGACAAAACAGCAAUAUCACAGUUCAUAAUGUCAAUGCAAUAUGUACGUUUGAAAUGUAAAUGUCUGUGGACUUUGUGGACCUGAGCAAUAACACUUCAUUAAUGUGUUUGUGAUUUUCUGGAGCUUUGAUUAGUUAGCAGGAAAAUAGAGUCAGUGCUUAUUUCAUACAGCAACAAUUCAUUCACUCCAGUUGUGUAACUGAGAAUUUAAACAAAAACAUAGUGGUUCCAGUGAAAUUACAAAACAGAAACUUGUACAAUGAUUCUUAAUGUAGAGGAAAAGCAUUUCAGUUGUAAAUGAAUAAUUCAUAUUUGUUUAGGUUUGAAAUGUGUUUGUCCUUCUUGGACAUUACUAUUUCCCUGUAUCUACCUUCCAGAAUACAGACAGCAAACUGAAGCACUGCUUCCAUUACUGAGAGACAAGGGAAUAUUGACCUUCUCUUGGUCAGCUGGCUAGAAGCACCACUUCAGUGAGGUGGUGAUGCGGCUCUGUGUCUUCUGGGUGUUUGCUUACACAAGAGCCUCAAAGGUUUCAUGAGCUCACAGAAUAUCACAGCUGUAUUUUUGCAAAUUCUGUUCUGUGUGUCUGCCACCAACAGGUCAAAAAUAAAUCUGAACCAAAUGUCACAUUUAGUGAGCAAAGGAGUUUUGAAGAAGACAUAAAACAUGCAGAAUUAAGGAUGAAGACCAAACUGUGUUGGCGUUUGUUUGAAUUUUAUAAUUGCACUUUUACUGUAAAGCUACAUUUUUAUAAGUGAGUAAAAAUCCUUUGACAUUUGCUGCAUGCCUAAAAACAGUAUUUUACAAUCAGCUGUCCUCUCUUUUACUUUUAGCCUGACUCCCUCCCUUCCCCUUUCUGAUAGUUUGUAACCCUGAGACUUUUCAGACCAAGCAAUUUUAUGUAUUAUAGAAUUAUUUUUGUAGAUGUAAUAAGACUGUAAUCUGUAAAAUAAAAACAGCAGUUUUUUCUUUCAA